AUGAGCUCUUUUACCCUUUUCAUGAAAGAAAACCACAACAAUGACAAAUCCUUGAUUGAAAAUGUAAGGCACCUCAGAGACAAAUGGGCCCAACUGUCUGAAGUAGAAAAAGAAAAAUACAGAAUGAUAUCCCAAAGGAACAUGGAACAAUACAAAGUUGAAAUGGCCAAAUGGGAAGCUCAAAUGAUUGCAGAAGGCAAACCCCAUCUUGUUAGAUCUAAAACCCUUAAGCCUAAAAAGGGCAAAUCUGAAUAG